UGAGUCCCUCUGGCGGCGGCGGGACGAGGCUCUGGGUCGAUGGCGGCUGUGAGUGUGGUGGUGUAGAGCUAGCGGCAAAAACACCUUUGAAAAAACCGCCUGUCCUCCCUUAAUUACCGCUCCCACGAUGGUGUAGCGAGGUGUACUGCUGCCUACACCCCUCUGCUGCCUGCUGGACGCCAAAAAUCCCCGGAAAAUAAGCAGAAACCCACUCAAAACUGGCCAAAUGUAUAAACAAUUACAAAUGGGUUUACGCGCUUUCCUCCUGCUGGCUCAAAAGAUUUGGAGUUUCGUGUGCUACGUCUUGAGGAAGCAGGCCCGGACGGUGUUGCAGUAUCAGCCGGUCAAAUAUGAAGUGUUGCCGCUGUCACCUCUCUCAAGACACCGCCUCAGCCUGGUGAAGCGUAAGGUGCUGGUGCUUGACUUGGACGAGACUCUGAUCCAUUCUCACCACGACGGAGUGAUCAGACAGAUGGUGAAGCCAGGCACACCACCCGACUUUGUGCUCAAGGUCACCAUUGACAGACACCCAGUUCGCUUCUUUGUGCACAAGAGGCCACACGUCGAUUUCUUCCUGGAUAUUGUGUCCCAGUGGUACGACCUGGUGGUGUUUACGGCCAGCAUGGAAAUCUACGGGGCAGCGGUGGCCGAUAAGCUGGACGCAGGGAGGGGCAUUCUGCGUCGCCGUUACUACCGCCAGCACUGCACACUUGACUAUGGCAGCUACACCAAGGACCUGGCUGCCAUUUGCCCUGAUCUCGCAUCCAUCUUCAUCCUAGACAACUCCC